ACUCUUAAAUCCAGCCGCUCCUUUAUUUUUACGCAGGAGAUUUGAAGAAACAAAUAAAACAGGGCAAGCUGUGAUUGGCGUCAUAGAGAAAAAAGUAGCCCACCGUCUUCGGUAUUUUGACAUCUUAUUAUAUUACCCUCAGCGGCAGAGACACUUAGGGACCGAAGGACCUACCAUGAGAAGGGCUGUGGAUGUUGUGCUGACUGUGCUGCUCACCGUGUUCCUGUCGUGCCGGAGCGCCCUCGGCGGCUACGGGAUGAGUCUGUUCGCGGCGCAGACGUCUCCCCCGGACCCCUGCUACGACGAGCACGGCAACCCGCGACGCUGCAUCCCGGACUUCGUCAACUCCGCCUUCGGGAAGGAAGUGAAGGUGUCCAGCACCUGCGGCAAGACGCCCAGCCGCUACUGCGUGGUGACAUCGGCGGACAAGGUAGACGAGAGGACCAGAAACUGUCACACCUGCGAUGCAUCGGACCCCAAGAAGUACCAUCCACCGGCGUACCUGACGGACCUCAACAACCCUCACAACCUCACCUGCUGGCAGUCCGAGAACUUCAUCCAGUACCCGCAAAAUGUCACCCUGACUCUGUCCCUUAGCAAGAAGUUUGAGGUCACAUAUGUGAGCCUGCAGUUCUGCUCGCCUCGACCUGAAUCCAUGGCUAUUUACAAGUCCAUGGAUUACGGUAAAACUUGGGUACCCUUUCAGUUUUACUCGGCUCAGUGCAGGAAGAUGUACAACAAGCCCAACAGGGCCGUUAUCACGAAGCAGAACGAACAGGAGGCCGUCUGCACUGACUCCCACACCGACAUGCACCCUCUGACCGGCGGGCUCAUCGCCUUCAGCACACUGGACGGCAGACCUUCGGCGCACGACUUCGACAAUUCGCCGGUGCUGCAGGACUGGGUUACUGCCACCGACAUUAAAGUAAUUUUCAGCCGGUUGCACACUUUUGGUGAUGAGAACGAGGACGACUCGGAACUGGCCCGGGACUCGUACUUCUACGCCGUGUCGGACCUGCAGGUCGGAGGGAGAUGCAAGUGCAACGGGCACGGAUCUCGGUGCGUAAAGGACCGGGAUGGGAGUCUGGUGUGUGAGUGCAAGCACAACACCGCUGGACCAGAGUGCGACAGGUGCAAACCUUUCCACUACGACAGACCGUGGCAGAGAGCCACAGCCAGGGAGGCCAACGAGUGUGUCGCCUGCAACUGCAACCUUCACGCUCGAAGAUGUCGCUUCAACAUGGAGCUGUACAAGUUAUCAGGGAGAAAGAGCGGAGGAGUUUGCCUCAACUGUCGCCACAACACCGCUGGUCGCCACUGUCACUACUGCAAAGAGGGCUACUACCGAGACCUGUCCAAACCCAUCUCACACAGGAAAGCCUGCAAAGCAUGUGAUUGCCAUCCCGUGGGUGCUGCUGGCAAAACCUGUAACCAAACCACAGGACAAUGUCCCUGUAAAGACGGCGUGACUGGUAUCACGUGCAACCGCUGUGCUAAAGGCUACCAGCAGAGCCGCUCGCCCAUUGCACCCUGCAUAAAGAUUCCAGUUACACCUCCUACAACUCCAGCCAGCAGUACAGAGGAGCCCUCAGACUGUGACUCUUACUGCAAAGCAUCUAAAGGCAAACUGAAAAUCAACAUGAAGAAGUACUGCAAGAAAGAUUACGCUGUCCAGGUGCAUAUUCUGAAGGCAGACAAGGCUGGUGAGUGGUGGAAGUUCACCGUCAACAUUAUCUCUGUCUACAAGCAAGGUGAGAGCCGCAUCCGCCGCGGGGACCAGUUCCUGUGGGUCCGUGCCAAAGAUGUGGCCUGCAAAUGUCCCAAGAUCAAGCCUGGGAAGAAGUACCUGCUGCUGGGGAAUGACGAGGACUCCCCUGGCCAGAGCGGAGUGGUGGCUGACAAAGGCAGCCUGGUUAUCCAGUGGAGGGACACAUGGGCGCGCAGGCUCAGGAAGUUCCAACAGCGUGAGAAGAAAGGCAAGUGCAAGAAGCCAUAGGCGGAAAAGAUGGAGAGGAUGUUGGAGAGGGAGAGGAAUUAAAGAGAAAAGCUGAGCGGGUGAUUUAAAACAAAAAAAAAAGAGUGGAAAGAGAGACAGACAGGAGACUAUGGACAGAGAAGAGACUGUUUAUGUCGCUGCUUUUUUGUGUAGAAGCAUGAAGAGAAUUAUUUAGGAUGAUUUUUUUUUUCUAGUGAACUUUUGUUGAAGGAGCUCACCUUGCAGAUUUGGUUUUAUGGUUUAUUUUACUUUGAGAUUUGUCUCUCUUGUGGAUUUGCCGAAUUUGCACCUAUUACCAGUAUAUAAAGUUAUUUGUGUUCAUUUUCUUUAUCUCAGUAUGAAAUCAUUAUAUUUUAUGUUUUAAUUUUAUGGACAUUUUCUGCUGGUGUAAAAAUGACACAGAAAAAACACACUUCAUUACCACUGCAAUUUUGCCUCUGCAUGGUUUUCUUAUUGUAUUCUUAGCUGAGAAGGGAGCUUGUUUCAUCAAAAGUCUUCACUGAUCUGAACGAGGCAGCAAUAUUUCCUCCAUUCAGAAUUGUGCCAUAAAAACUAUUGUUUCUAAGCCACUGAAAUGCCAAGUGCAUUUAUCUGUUAAGUUGUUGAGAAAAGUUGCCAUUCCUCCCUUGUGUACAAAUGUAGGUAUCUGAAACUCAAGAAACAAGGAAUCUGUUGUCCAACAUUUUUAGCAAUUACAACUUUUACAAAGCGUUAGAAUAUGCAAGUGACAGAAGAGAACCAAUGAUACAACACAGAAUUGAUGACUUAAGCAUUUUUAACCUGAUACAUUUUGGUGGGUCAGUAUUUGCACAAACCUACAUGUGAAAGUUGUCAUUUGAGACUGUAAUGUUCAAUUCAAUAACUGGUGCUGCUGAUAGUACUAAUGUUAAAUUUGCCCUUUUUGGGGGAAGGACAGAAUGCAUUUAAAAUAACUGAUCUCAUUUUCAGUACUGUGAAGUUUUUCUUUUGCUUUUAUUUCACAAUUCCCAAAAGGAGUUUAACAACUGACAUACAGAAGCCAGGCAAUUGGCCAGCCACGUCGAUUGUUAUAAAAGUCCUAUGAAAAUAUUCACAAAAUCAUGAGAUGCUCUUAGGCAGAGGGAAACAGAAAUAAAUUGUAAUGAAUAUGGGUUCUGAAGUGGCUACAAAAUACAUCAAUGUUUUUUU